AUGACACUUCUUCUUACUCAACCGAACCAUAUCCACAAGCCAACACUAGUACCAUACCGACGCCUCCGAAAACCGUAUAGAUUACCAGUUAUCUCCGCCGUGUCCGGUAAGCAGCUGGUAACUUCCGGCGAAGUCCGAGCGGUGGAGCCGAAAGAAGCGAAGACGGUGGUGGCGUCGGAGGGAUACGUGCUACUAGACGUGAGGCCUGACUGGGAAAGAGAAAAGGCACGCGUGAAAGGCUCUUUGCACGUGCCACUUUUCGUGGAGGAUACAGACAAUGGGCCGAUAACGCUGCUGAAGAAAUGGAUCCAUUUGGGAUAUAUUGGGCUUUGGACGGGUCAGAGAUUCACCAUGUUUAAUGACGAAUUUAACCUCCGUGUUGUAGAGGCUUUCCCGGACAAGAAGACCAAAGUGCUCGUCGUGUGCGGCGAAGGACUCAGGUCGUUGAUGGCAAUAUCAAAGCUGCACGGGGAAGGGUACAAAAGCUUAGGAUGGUUAGCCGGAGGGUUUAACCGAGCAACCGAAGGAGAUUUUCCAGAGAUUGAAGGACCGGAAGAGCUUCGGUUUGCAACGAUAGGUGGCGCAUCGUACUAUUUACUCAAAUUACUUGUACUGUUGCCGAGUUUUGGCAAAGAGAGUCGUUGA